AAUUUUUGCCGUAUAACCAGAUCCUGGCCCGUGGGUCCCGAGCGCGAUCAGGUUCCAUUGCCUCCUCGUUUCAUAUCUAGCUCGUCAGAUGCAUGUCGUGGAGAAGGUCGUGUAGAAAGUAAAAGGCAACAGAAGUAUUAAACAAGGAGCGCUCAUCGCUUCUAAACAAUGCUACGUUGCACCACUUCCACUCCAAUGGCUUCUCUCUCUUCAUUUCACUCAGUAUCCCACUUCAAAUUCCCUCUCUCUCCCUUCACUAAGAGGGUGGUGGCUUCUGUUAAAUGCUCUUCGCUUCCAUCUCCAGAGCCUGAACCAGAAAGAACUUCUUCGCUCUCUUUCUCUGCCUACAAAUGGUGCACUGGGCUUGGCGUUCUAGGGUUUUUGGAGACUGGGUACUUGACCUAUGUGAAGCUCAGCAAUGGCGAUGCUUUCUGUCCCGUGGGCGGUGGAGGGUGUGGGGAUGUUCUCAACAGCGAUUAUGCUAUUGUUUUUGGUGUUCCUCUACCACUAAUUGGUAUGAUUGCAUAUGGAUUGGUGGCCUUACUUGGUUUUCAACUGUCAACAAAGGAUGUGCCACUUGGGUCUGCUGUGAUCAACAGUCGCCUGGUUCUUCUUGGAGUCAUUACCUCGAUGGCGGCAGCUAGUUCUUAUUUUAUGUACCUUUUGGCCACUAAAUUGGCAGGGGCUUCAUGUUUAUAUUGUGUGACAUCUGUGAUUCUGAGUUUCACCUUAUUCUUUAUCGCUCUAAAGGACUUUGAUCUGCAAGAAAUACAAAAGUUUGCUGGUCUUCAACUAUUUGUAGUUGUUUUAGUGAUUGGCGCAUUGAACACUUCAUAUAGCUCAUUGAAACCCGACAUGAUUGGCUUGCCAGAUGUUGAGCUACAACCAUUUGAGCCUGAAGUAACAACAGAGUCGAGCUCUUUAGCAAUUUCCCUUGCUAAUUAUCUGCAUUCCAUUGGGGCUAAGAUGUAUGGAGCUUUUUGGUGUUCCCACUGCUUUGAGCAGAAAGAGAUGUUUGGUAAAGAAGCAUCAAAGAUCGUGGACUACGUUGAAUGCUUUCCUGAGGGGUACAGGAAAGGAAUGCAAGUGGCAAAGGUUUGCAAAGAUGCUGGAAUUGAUGGUUUCCCCACUUGGAUUAUCAAGGAUCAGGUGUUGAGCGGUGAGCAAGACUUGACAGAGCUUGCACGUGUAUCUGGAUUUGUAUUGGUUGAUUCAGCUCCUAAAUGAGGUUGUGGACUUAGUAUGUCCGUUACUAAGUGGCUUGUACAGUGCUACCUUUUGUAUGAACAGAGAGCUCCUAUGAAAAAAUCAGGUCUACAACUCAGAUCCAUACAUAUAUUGUUGUAGAGCAUGGAAUGAUUAGAAGGGGUAUCUAAUUUUUUGACUCACUCCGGACAAGUACAUAGCAUAUGUAUCUUGAAUGCUGAAUUGUAUCAGUGCAUAUAAAAUCCCCGACAUUGGCCUGGCCGGUGACGUUUUCUGACCAGCAAUGUGGUAUUUUGAUAGCAUAAAGGAAAUGCUUUUUUUUUGGGUUAAGUA